CGGCCGCCCAGCAGGGCCGCCCGCUCCCCCCUCUCCGCGGCGGAGACUCCGGCUGGUGCUCGCGGCCGCUUCGAGGUUUUGUAGUGCUUCCCGAGCAUGAGUGCAGAAUGAAGCGGCGAUUGGAUGAGCAGGAGUCACCUGUGUAUGCGUCGCAGCAGAGACGUAUCACCAGCAGCACAGAGGCUUUCCAGCACCAGCACCGCGUGCUCGCCCCGGCACCGCCCGUAUAUGAGGCGGUUUCGGAGACCAUGCAGUCUGCCACUGGGAUCCAGUACUCGGUAACUCCCAGCUACCAGGUGUCGGCUGUGCCGCAGAGCUCGGGCAGCCAUGGGCCUGCCAUCGCAGCCGUCCACAGCGGGCACCACCACACCACCCCAGUGCAGCCGCACGGCAGCCAAGUGGUGCAGAGCCACACUCACCCCACCCCGCCGGCGGUGCCCGUGCAGGGCCAGCAGCAGUUCCAGAGGCUUAAGGUGGAGGAUGCACUGUCGUAUCUUGACCAGGUGAAGCUGCAAUUUGGUAGUCAGCCACAGGUCUACAAUGACUUCUUGGAUAUUAUGAAGGAAUUUAAAUCUCAAAGUAUUGACACUCCAGGAGUGAUCAGCCGUGUGUCUCAGCUCUUCAAGGGUCACCCUGACUUAAUCAUGGGUUUCAACACUUUCUUGCCACCUGGCUACAAAAUUGAGGUGCAGACGAAUGAUAUGGUGAAUGUGACGACACCAGGACAGGUUCACCAGAUCCCCACUCAUGGCUUGCAGCCCCAGCCUCAGCCCCAGCCCCAACAUCAGUCGCAGCCUUCGGCGCAGUCAACCCCAACACCAGCACAGCCAGCGCCGCAGCCACCACCUGCCAAAAUCAGUAAGCCAUCUCAGAUGCAGGCACAUACUCCCGCCAGCCAGCAAACUCCCCCAAUCCCACCAUAUGCAUCACCGCGCUCUCCGCCGGUCCAACCUCACACACCUGUGACAAUUCCACUGGGAACUACCCCGUCCUUGCAGAACAAUCAGCCUGUUGAGUUUAAUCAUGCCAUCAACUAUGUCAACAAGAUCAAGAAUCGAUUCCAGGGUCAGCCAGACAUCUACAAAGCCUUCCUGGAGAUCCUCCAUACGUAUCAGAAAGAGCAGCGGAACGCCAAGGAGGCAGGGGGUAACUACACGCCGGCUCUGACGGAGCAGGAGGUGUACGCGCAGGUGGCGCGCCUCUUCAAGAACCAGGAGGAUCUGCUCUCAGAGUUCGGGCAGUUCCUGCCUGAUGCCAACAGCUCUGUGCUGUUAAGUAAAACAACUGCAGAGAAAGUGGAAUCUGUAAGAAAUGACCAUGGUGGUACAGUGAAGAAGCCACAGCUCAACAACAAGCAGCAGAGACCCAACCAGAAUGGCUGUCAGAUACGACGGCACUCGGGAACCGGAGCAACCCCUCCAGUGAAGAAAAAACCGAAGCUGCUUGGUUUAAAAGACCAGUCUUUGGCAGAAGCCAGCAAGCAUGGUGUGGGAACAGAAUCCCUGUUCUUUGAGAAGGUCCGCAAAGCUCUGCGUAGCACGGAGGCGUAUGAAAACUUUCUUCGCUGCCUGGUUAUUUUCAACCAGGAGGUGAUCUCCCGGGCUGAGCUUGUGCAGCUAGUUUCUCCAUUCCUGGGGAAAUUCCCAGAAUUGUUCACUUGGUUUAAAAACUUUCUGGGGUAUAAAGAGUCUGUUCACAUGGAGACGUAUCCAAAGGAACGGGCUACUGAGGGGAUUGCCAUGGAGAUAGACUAUGCCUCCUGUAAAAGACUGGGCUCCAGCUACCGAGCCUUGCCCAAGAGCUACCAGCAACCCAAGUGCACAGGGCGGACUCCACUGUGUAAAGAGGUUUUGAAUGAUACCUGGGUCUCCUUCCCUUCCUGGUCUGAAGAUUCCACAUUUGUUAGCUCCAAGAAGACACAAUAUGAAGAGCACAUCUACAGGUGCGAGGAUGAGCGUUUUGAGCUGGAUGUUGUCUUGGAGACCAACCUGGCAACAAUCCGUGUCCUUGAGGCAAUCCAAAAGAAACUGUCACGCUUGUCUGCUGAAGAGCAAGCCAAAUUCCGACUGGACAACACUCUAGGUGGCACUUCGGAGGUGAUCCACCGCAAGGCUCUGCAGAGGAUAUACGCUGACAAAGCAGCUGACAUCAUUGAUGGCCUUCGGAAGAACCCAUCUGUUGCUGUUCCCAUCGUGCUGAAAAGGUUAAAGAUGAAAGAGGAAGAAUGGCGAGAAGCCCAGAGGGGAUUUAAUAAAGUCUGGCGAGAGCAGAAUGAGAAAUAUUACCUGAAAUCCUUGGACCACCAAGGCAUCAACUUCAAGCAGAAUGAUACCAAGGUCCUGAGGUCAAAGAGUCUCCUCAAUGAGAUUGAAAGCAUCUAUGAUGAGAGACAAGAACAGGCUUCAGAAGACAAUGCUGGAGUACCCACAGGCCCACACCUAUCGUUAGCCUAUGAAGACAAGCAGAUCCUGGAAGAUGCUGCCUCUCUCAUCAUCCACCAUGUGAAACGACAGACAGGAAUCCAGAAAGAAGACAAGUACAAAAUCAAGCAGAUUAUGUAUCACUUCAUUCCAGACCUGCUGUUUGCUCAGCGAGGUGAACUCUCAGAUGUGGAAGAGGAAGAAGAGGAAGAAAUGGAUGUGGAUGAAGCUACUGGGGCUGCAAAAAAGCACAAUGGUGUUGGAGGCAGUCCUCCCAAAACCAAGCUGAUGUUCAAUAACACAACAGCCCAGAAGCUGCGGGGCAUGGAUGAGGUCUACAAUCUCUUCUAUGUGAACAACAACUGGUACAUAUUCAUGCGACUGCAUCAGAUCCUGUGCUUGCGGCUGCUGAGGAUCUGCACCCAGGCUGAGCGGCAAAUCGAAGAGGAGACACGGGAAAGGGAGUGGGAAAGGGAAGUGCUAGGCAUAAAGCGAGACAAGAGCGACAGUCCUGCAAUCCAGCUGCGACUGAAGGAGCCUAUGGAUAUUGAUGUUGAGGAUUAUUACCCAGCAUUCCUGGACAUGGUGCGCAAUCUCCUGGAUGGGAACAUGGACUCGUCGCAGUACGAGGACUCCCUGCGCGAAAUGUUCACCAUUCAUGCCUACAUCGCCUUUACCAUGGACAAGCUAAUUCAGAGCAUUGUUCGACAGCUCCAACAUAUAGUGAGCGACGAGAUCUGCGUGCAGGUAACAGAUCUCUACCUGUCAGAGAAUAACAAUGGAGCAACUGGAGGCCUUCUCGCUUCUCAGUCUUCUCGUACUCUUCUGGAGGCCACAUAUCAGCGCAAAGCUGAGCAGCUCAUGUCGGAGGAGAACUGUUUCAAGUUGAUGUUCAUUCAGAGCAGAGGUCAAGUUCAGUUAACCAUUGAACUGCUGGACACAGAAGAGGAGAACUCUGAUGACCCAGUAGAAGCAGAGCGCUGGUCAGACUACGUGGAGCGGUACGUCAACUCUGAUUCUACCUCCCCUGAGCUCCGGGAGCACCUGGCCCAGAAACCAGUCUUCCUGCCCAGGAAUCUGAGGCGGAUCCGUAAGUGUCAGCGUGGUCGGGAGCAGCAGGAGAAGGAAGGGAAGGAGGGAAACAGUAAGAAGUCCAUGGAGAACGUGGAGAGCUUGGACAAGCUGGAGUGUAAAUUCAAGCUGAACUCCUAUAAGAUGGUGUACGUGAUCAAAUCGGAGGAUUACAUGUACAGGAGGACCGCUCUGCUGCGGGCUCAGCAGUCCCACGAAAGAGUGAGCAAGCGGCUGCACCAGCGGUUCCAGGCGUGGGUGGACAAAUGGACCAAGGAGCACGUGACCCGCGAGAUGGCAGCCGAGACGAGCAAGUGGCUAAUGGGCGAAGGCUUGGAGGGCUUGGUGCCCUGCACCACCACCUGUGACACAGAGACCCUGCACUUUGUGAGCAUUAACAAGUACCGCGUCAAAUAUGGCACAAUAUUCAAGACGCCGUAAACGCCCUGGGCGAGGGAAGACCCCGGGAUAUGUGUGUGUGCGUGUGUGUGUGUGUGCGCAUCAAGGAAACGAGGAAGAUGCCUUUCUCCCCUCACUGUGUAUCUCCGUAACAUGGCCACUUGACUAGUGGGUGGCUGGUACAACCUGUCACCAGCGGGAUUCUCCGUAGGAAUGCGGAUCUCCGCCGACACGUGCUGGGACUUGUCGGCCUUUCGACUUCAGCAUGUGCCGCGGAGGGAAGGACCCGUCUCCGAGCUGAGCCAUCCCAGAGGAACACAACUAGCUCGUACACACCAGCAGUGUUGAGGCUUAAUUCCCCGGAGGCCUGAGCAUCGAGGGAAGAGGAACGGAGGCUCGCCGUGACCGGAGCAGAGCGGUGCGUUUCCAAGCCGCCCGCUUGGGUGCGCGUCACCAACCCCAGAGGUGCCCGUCACGACUGGCGUCUCCUCUGCUACCGUGCUGCGAGUUUGCUAGGAGCUGGCGCGGGGCCCCAGGCCCUCUCGCAGCCCGACGCCACCCCGCCGAGCUGACCUCGGUUCCGUGCUUCCCUCUCCUCCCUCCCAUGCUGGACUCAACCAGUGCAGAUUGGUCUGUCCUUUCUAGUGCCAGUGGAACUGUUUUUUGUACCUGCUUGUUUACUAGUCUCUCCUAGUGCCAUGCACCAGCUUUUCACACACGUCCGUACACACACACACACCACAGAAAACAACACGAUUUUAACAUGUUCCCCUCCUUUUUUUGUAAAUAAAUGUACAAAUUGUCAAAUUUUUUUUGUUUUUUAUUAAAGGAAGUAUGCUUGAUGUGCUAGCAUAACUGUACUAGCUUCUUGUGUACCAUAGUACCAGGUGGCUUGAGAAUUAGUACCUACAGACAGACCUACGAAGGCAUUUAUUACACUUUUUACCAAAGGGAGUUAUCAUUGUAGUGCUUUUGUGUGGAAACUUUUCUCUCCUUUUUUUGUAAAUAAAAAUGUCUUUGUUCUUAC